AACAAAAACGAUUUCAAGUGAGCUCGUUGGCUAAUUGUAAUAAAACUUCUAACGUAUGUGUCACAGUAGCUUCUUCAAGUUGUCUGUAUUAAUCACAGGUAAUAUAAACAACGCGUGUCUGAAGCUGGUGCUGGCUACCUGCUGCUGUAUUUCCUUUUUUUAUGAUGUUGUAACGUCGGUCAGCUAACUUCUAGUAGCAAGGUGCAGCAUGAAACCUAUGAUAAUGAGGCAUUCUGUUCCCCAUGGACCUUUUGGAUCAUGUCUCUGAUCCUGUUUGCCUUUGUCGUCCGGGUGAGGGAUGGACUCCCCCUGUCGGCCUCCACAGACUUUGAACACAACCGCGAACUCCAGGAGAGGAAGCAGCAGCUCAGGACCAUCAGCAAGGCACUGGCCCUUUUCCCUGACAGAGGGACCGUCAAGGGCCGGGAGCUCAACAUCUACUUCGUCUCUUCAGAGGGUGUAUCCUACAUGACCGUGUGCCACGGCAGUCUCCCUGUUGCUAAGGCCUUCUGCUUCCUGGAAGACCUGCGCUGGGAGUUCACAGCAUGCUUCAAUAGCACUGCCGUUGCCUUGGCAGCCAGGCCGUAUCCAUUUUUGGAAUUCGACAGCACCAUUCAGAAGCUGAAGCAGCAUUACAACCAGAGCGGUGGUCCGGCCCUGGAGGUGACAUUGGCAGAGGUCCAGGAAGAUCUGAGGGUUCAUCCACCACAAGUAAUUAACUUGGAGGAAGUGGAGCUCACCAAUGGCACUGCAAAUGGACACAUGGAGCAAGGUCCUGGGACUGGUCAGAAUGGAAGACUUGAACCAGUCACAUCGCCAGGCAUCCUCUCUCUGGUCUUAAAUAUAAUGUGUGCAUCUUUGAACAUAAUCCGUGGUGUUCACCUCAUAGAGUACACAUUCCAGGAUGAUUAUGAAGGUAUAUGGAAUGUUAUGGCAUUUCUUCUGGCGUUCGUCUGCUGUGUGUUGCAGUGCCACCUCUACCUGUUCCACUCAUCUCUGAAGAAACACAAGUCCUUCACUCUGUUGAGUGUGAUUGUCCUAUGCAACAUCUACCUGCUCGGCCCGAGGAACCCGUGGCAGCUGAUCUUCCACAUUUCAGUCGCCUCCCUCUCCACCCUCCUCAUCCUCACCCGCAAACUCCAAGACAGAACCAAUGACUGCGGGGUCUGAGGAGCAGAGGACACUUAACUGCGUUGCACCACUCACAGCUCUUUCAGUGCAGGUGAGAAAGACAAGUAAAGUAGUGGCUUGAUCCACACGAGUUAUGUUUUUUAACAAAAAACAUUGACGGAUAUUGUGUGAUCACGGAAAAUGACAAUUAAGUUAAUAUUUUCUUGUAUACAGUAUAUACUUGCACUUUGUGUACAUUUGUUUCCAAGUCUGUAAAGGGUAUACAGUAAAAUGCAGUUGUUUCCGGAAACAGAUAUUAACUGAAAAGCUAAAAGGAGAUGUCUGUGUCAGAAACAAAAUGUUUGUGCCAUCCUGUCCCAAAACGUUUUUUAAGAAAAUGAUGGGUUUAUUUUUUUUCAGUCCGAGUUGUUGUUUUUCAUGUAGAAACAAUAAUUUCCUCACAGCCCCAACUGACGUAGUCAAGCUUUUGAUUAUUUCUGCUCACAUUCAGCUCAGUAUUAUUUCUGCUACCACAGGCCAUUGAUUAUCUUUACAUAAUCAGUUUAUCAAUGCUAAGUGACAGUUGGUGAUUGUAACAGACAUUAGAUUUAAUUGUUAGAUUCAGUAGGCACACAACACACAGUUAGUGGAGUUUUGCUACUUAUAUGCUUUAGUGAUUUAUUACUAGUGAGAGUCAAGUAAUGCUGACAACUACUUUUUAUUUGGUUUGCAUUAGUUGCUCAUUACGCUUCAGUAAAUACACAAUGCAAAGGUGUAAAUGUAAAGCUGUGGGUUGUUUAAUGCCUUACUGUGUGACAAUUAUUUUUAGUUUGUUUAUUUUGCUGACUUAUGUACAAAUACACCGGCAAGUGCUCAGCUAGUCAUUGCAAAGUUUCAAAUGUAAGGGCUCUGUUAUUUAAUGACUUAAUGGAAACUACAUUCAAUACUGAGGGAAUAUUAACCCUAUAGUCAUGUAAGGCAUGAUGUUGAACACAUCAUCACCAUUUAAAACCCUUUUUUGUAUGAUUAUUACAAAUUUAGACUUUUUUUUUUAAGUUUGUCUGUUUUUUUUCUAUUGAUUUCUGCAUUGUCAAAGUGUAAACUGGGUAAGAAAACGAAAGCACUGAUUCCAUGGGUAAAAUAUUAUUUAAAUUUGUUCGACUGCACUAUUAGGCUUAGAUAUUUUUGUGUUGGGUAUGGCAAUUGUUCUUGAAUGUGUUGCAUAUCGGGUUCAGCUAUUUAUAUCCUGGUUUAUGUUUACUUGGUUGAGUUUUUUGUCUUUCUUCAGGGUUUAUAACAUGUCUCCCUACCUGUAGUUCUCAGAUUGUUAUAAACAUAGAAAUCAUACGGUAAUAAUCUUUGUUUGAAUAUAGAACUGUAGCGCUGCUAAAUAAAUAGGCAAAUCUCCUUUAAGUUUGUUUUUUUUACAUCAUUUUGUGUAUUUAGUUUCUUAGACAUUAAUUUGAAUAGCUAAACAGUUGCACUAAUGUCUGUUAAGCGAGGGAUUUAAUUAUUUGUUCAGAGUGUUUUACAGACAAGUAGAGUUGUGGCAUUGUGUCCUUUUUAAUCUGACUAUUUUAUCAAGAAAGUUGGAAGUAAAUUUAAAGGAAAGGAAAGAGGUUUCAUCUCAUCAGACAAUCCAAAUGUCCCUCAAAAACAAUUACAAAAAAGUGACUUUAAGCUUGUAGUUUACAAAGAGUGAGGAAACUCAAAUGUUUCACUGGAAACAUAAAAUGUAGUGUGGCUUUAGAUAACAACAGUUGAGCCUCUUAAUACAUUUACAAUUUGUUCUCAAGUAGAUUGUGCUAUCUGGGUAUUUUGGUUAAUUGCUGAGAAUGGGACUGACACGGUGACUUUUGAUGCUGUGUCGAACCAAACUCUUGCUCAAAUGAGGUUUUCUUGGACGGGGGUGAAACUUUUCUGUGGAGGACAUUGGUGACCCUGUAAUAUUUUUUAUAAAAAAGGAGGUUUUUCCAACUCACCAUUUUCACCGUAGCGUACAAGUUGUUGACCAAAUUAAUUGUACAAUUAAGUUGCCGCCAAUAUAAAGAUGUAGAACCAAAUAAUGUGGGGGAUAUUUAAACGCUUGAAAGGGAAUGAAGGAUCAUUUUGUUGAUCAUGAAGGUUUAUAACAUUUAGUAGAAAUACACAAUACCAUUUACACGUGUGGCAGCAUUCUUUUAAUAUGUUUUUUUAUUUAUUUUUUUAUCUAUAUCCAAAGUCUUAAGUCUGAUCUAAAUAUUGGAAACGGUUUGAAAAUCAUUCAGGUUCAGAAGUAUGUUUGGUUGGGCGUUUUAUUGAUCUUGUUUUAUACAAAACAGUGAACAGAAUGGCGUUAUUUGUAAUUGGACUCUCAUAAGGUUGAGUAAGUUGUUUUUGAGGCUGCAACCUGUUUGUAAUAAUGGAAGUGAUGUAACAAUGUCAUUAUUGUAACUGCCAAACACUGGUGAUCACAGGGCUUUAUUAUUUCCUGCUGUGGUAAA